GAAGUAUACUCAGUUCAAGUGAAGGAUCAGUAUCAGGAUUCAGGCUGAGUUGUCUUUAUGAGAAUUCAGGCUCCAAGGAGAAACCCCAAGAAUUUAUAUACUGGAUAUAACAGAAAGUGGGAGCCAUACCUGACCUGUGGAGAAUGUGGACCGGGUGUAGGAUCUUAAUCUUCUCUUCUCUUCUUACAGAAAUUUGGAUGGAGAAACAGUACGUAUCUCAAAGACAAGUGGACCCAGGAGCAGAUUUCACAAGGAAUCACACCGUCUUGGAAGGUACUCGAUUCAAAAGAGCCAUUUUCAAAGGGCAGUACUGUAGAAGUUUUGGUUGUUGUGAAGACAGAGAUGACGACUGUGUCACUCAGUUCUAUGAGGCGAAUGCACUGUGUUACUGUGAUAAAUUCUGUGAAAGGGACACUUCUGAUUGCUGUCCUGAUUACAAGUCAUUUUGCCAUGAAGAGAAAGAAUGGCCUCCUCACACAAAGCCUUGGUAUCCAGAAGGUUGCCUCAGAGAUGGUCAACAUUAUGAAGAAGGAUCAGUAAUUAAAGAAAACUGCAACUCCUGCACAUGUUCAGGACAGCAAUGGAAAUGUUCCCAGCAUGUAUGCCUCAUUGAACCAGAAUUAAUUGAACAUGUCAAUCGUGGAGACUAUGGAUGGACAGCCCAGAACUAUAGUCAAUUCUGGGGAAUGACUUUAGAAGAAGGUUUCAAAUAUCGUCUUGGCACCUUCCCACCCAGCCCCAAGCUUCUGAGCAUGAAUGAAGUGACAGCUCCCUUACCGGCAAUAACGGAUCUUCCAGAGUUUUUUGUUGCUUCUUACAAAUGGCCUGGAUGGACUCAUGGCCCAUUGGAUCAAAAAAAUUGUGCUGCAUCAUGGGCUUUUUCCACUGCAAGUGUGGCUGCUGACCGAAUAGCAAUUCAGUCUAAGGGCCGAUACACAGCCAAUCUGUCUCCUCAGAAUUUGAUUUCUUGCUGUCCCAAGAAUCGCCAUGGAUGCAACAGUGGAAGCAUCGAUAGGGCUUGGUGGUACCUGAGAAAACGUGGACUGGUAUCCCAUGCAUGCUAUCCGCUUUUCAAGGACCAAAAUGCUACCAAUAAUGCCUGUGCCAUGGCAAGUAGGUCUGAUGGGCGGGGAAAACGGCAUGCCACAAAGCCAUGUCCCAACAACAUUGAGAAAUCUAAUAGGAUCUACCAAUGUUCUCCUCCAUACAGAGUCUCUUCUAAUGAAACUGAAAUAAUGAAAGAAAUCAUACACAAUGGACCAGUUCAAGCCAUAAUGCAAGUCCAUGAGGAUUUCUUCCAUUAUAAGUCGGGGAUAUAUAGACAUGUGACCAGUGCAAAUGAAGAAUCAGAAAAAUAUCGAAAGUUUCGGACACAUGCAGUCAAACUCACUGGAUGGGGCACACUGAGAGGAGCCCAGGGGCGAAAAGAAAAAUUUUGGAUUGCUGCCAAUUCCUGGGGAAAGUCAUGGGGAGAGAACGGCUAUUUCAGGAUUCUUCGAGGAGUAAAUGAGUCUGACAUUGAAAAGUUGAUUAUCGCAGCAUGGGGCCAGCUGACAGGUUCAGAUGAACCAUAAUGUAUCAUUAAAUUUCCAUAGGCCAUGCAUUGCAGUAAACCCUUAAAAUGAAAUUAAGUGGCGCGAGGUUCUCUGUGACAGCGCGCUCUUCACCUUGUUAUUGUAAUCUGCCUGUUUUCUUGUUUUAUCCCCGGCUCUCUGCUUCAGCUUUCUUUACAUUCCCAAGCAGAUGAAACCAGAGGGAACAGCAGACUGGCCACAUGCUUUCAAGUUCCCUGCUUGUCUUUACUUUUAUCUCAUGACCACGUUCUUUUUGACUUUGACAGUUCACAGUGUGAUAGCACUUGUCCGAAAAGUCCAUUGCAUUUAUUUGUAAACAAAAUGGUUUCUCUUCCAAUGAGGACUUUAGACAACAAAAGCAAUGGAAAUGCCAAUUUAGCAUCUUUCCAAUUUUUUUUUUCAACCAAAUAAUGCCUUCUUAAUUCAGAGCUUGUUUAUGUUUAGUCAAAAGCAAUGGAAAUAGAUUAUUGUUUCUCUCAAUAAGCUAACGUUUUGUUUCUUUUCAUUUGUCUAAAACUAAUUUUCAAU